UGAACAGACCUGAAAUACCAUACUGAAAUGAACGGUCACUGUGGGGACAGACUGACAGCAGAUGGGCCAGAAGAUGAGCACUGAGCCUUUGACUCGCUCUGAGGUGUUUGGACAGCUCAGGAAGGAGCUCUAUGGAGAGGAGCAGUCAACUCAUUCCAACACUCACAUAUUCAUCAUACUGGGAGCGUCUGGAGAUCUUGCUAAAAAGAAGAUCUAUCCAACUUUAUGGUGGUUAUUCAGGGAUGGCCUGCUCCCAGAUGACACAUACUUUGUGGGUUUUGCCCGGUCUAACCUGACUGUUGAGGACAUCAAAGCUGCAUGUCUGCCUCAUAUGAAGGUCACUGAUGAAGACAGCAAGUGUCUAUCAGUCUUCUUCAGUAAGAACUCCUACCUGAGUGGCAGGUAUGAUGAUGGCAGCUCCUUCGACCAACUCAACAACCUCCUGUCAUCUCUGCCUGGAGGAGCCAACGCCAACCGGCUCUUCUACUUGGCUCUGCCGCCCAGCGUCUACCACCAUGUCAGCGCCAACAUCAGAAACCACUGCAUGAGCCACAAAGGUUGGAACAGGGUAAUUGUUGAGAAGCCCUUCGGUCGUGACCUCCAGAGCUCACAGGAGCUGUCAGCCCACCUUUCCUCCCUGUUCACUGAGGACCAAAUUUACCGCAUAGAUCACUACCUGGGAAAAGAGAUGGUCCAGAACCUCAUGGUGCUCAGGUUUGGAAAUCGCAUUUUUGGACCCAUAUGGAACAGGAACAGUGUGGCCUGUGUGGUCCUCACUUUCAAGGAGCCUUUCGGCACUCAGGGCCGUGGAGGAUACUUUGAUGACUUUGGUAUCAUUCGAGAUGUCAUGCAGAACCACCUCCUCCAGAUGCUCUGUUUGGUUGCAAUGGAGAAACCUGCCUCCACCAGCCCAGAUGAUGUGAGGGAUGAAAAGGUGAAGGUGUUGAAGUCUAUAGCUCCUGUGACAAUGUCAGAUGUGGUGCUCGGCCAGUACGUCGGAGAUCCUGAGGGGGAGGGACAGUCUAAGCUGGGUUACCUGGAUGAUCCAACUGUACCUGAAGGCUCCUGCACACCAACGUUUGCCACUGCAGUGCUCUAUGUCCAGAAUGAAAGAUGGGACGGAGUUCCUUUCAUUCUGCGCUGUGGUAAAGCUCUAAAUGAGCGGAAAGCAGAGGUUCGUCUGCAGUUCACUGACGUGCCGGGAGACAUCUUUGGAGAACGUUGUCAGAGGAACGAGCUGGUGGUUCGGGUGCAGCCAGACGAGGCCAUUUACCUGAAGAUGAUGACCAAGCGGCCUGGAGUUUACUUCAGCCCAGAGGAGACAGAGCUGGACCUCACAUACAAGAGCAGAUACAAGAAUGUGAAGCUCCCAGAUGCGUAUGAGAGACUGAUUCUGGACGUCUUCUGUGGAAAUCAGAUGCACUUUGUCCGCAGUGAUGAGUUGCGGGAGGCCUGGAGGAUCUUCACCCCUCUGCUACACCAGAUAGAGGGCGAGAAGACAAACCCCAUUCCUUACACAUAUGGAAGUCGGGGUCCUAGCGAGGCAGAUGAUCUGGUAAAGAGGGCCGGAUUCCGCUAUGAGGGAACAUACAAGAGUGUGACCUAACUGGACCCACAUACACACAAUUUAUUACACACUGAGCAGUGUGUAAAGCACUCGGAGGGCUGUGGGAAGUACAACAAGGACAAACGUGUUUAAACAUACCACUAUUAACUACUACCACUACUAAACACACUAUACCUCCGCCACUUUCCUUGUUUCUCCUUCUUGACUUAUGAUUUUAAAUACACUGCAAUGCAAUAUUAAUUAAUAUGGGAAGCACUUAGAGUGAAGAUAAGUUUAAUGUUAGAUUUAUAAUCCAGUUUAGUUUGGUUUCCUGCUGCAUGAUUGUUUAUGUAGAACACAAAGGAAGCUGUUGAUGCUUUUUUCGAGUUCCACAGUAAAACUGCACUCCUGAACCAAGGUUGACAACAAUAAAGCACAAAAGCAACAAAGGGCAAACCUUUUUAUUGUAUAAAGAA